CCAACUUUGACAGAUCAAUUGCUGUGUGCUGAACGUAUGUAUGUAUGUGUGCGUGUGUGUGUGUGUUCAUGCGCCUGUGUACAUGGGAAAUUGUAUAUGUCCGUCUUGUGUCUCUGUGGGAAGGUGCGAAGAAAGUUUUGCGUUCGAGAACGUCGACCAAAACGACACACCACCGUUUUAUCGUCUUUGGCCGCGAGUUUUUAUCGAAAUUGCUGCCGAGUAGCUGAUACAGGGCAUUGCUAAAAUGUGCCACGGCCCGUAAUUGCAGGUGCAAUACACACACAGCAACCAUAGAGAACGAUUUCGCGUUGUGCCUACCCUCCAGCGCAGUGUCCAAGAGCUAGUGCCCCGAGCAGAACAAGUGCAGUGGAAAAUGUUGGCCACCGCUCGGCGUAGCUGGGCGUGCGGUGAAGAUGCCCGGAAAGCCAUGGAAAAUGGUGCCUAGAAAGUGGAGGCUAGACACGCAAAUCGGGAGCGGGCAGUUACCCCCCCGCAAAGAAACAGAUGCUGUCGUAGUGAAAAAUAGAUUCCUCUACAGCUCUCUGCUCUUCGUGCAGUGUACAUAGUAAGAGUUGGAAAUCUCCCCCCCGUUGACUCCACCAACCUUCUCUAUUGAUGUGGCAGUUGUGGUCGGUGGGGUUUGUGCUGGUGUUUUAGAUGAUUCGGUGGGUCCACGGACGAUACAAGAAAAUUGUGUGAACAAUAACUGAUUCAGUGCUUUGUGAGAAACAGAAACAAAAAAAGACCCAUAUUCGUUGUGGCAAACUGUUCGCUUCAUAGAGAGAUAGAGAGCGAGAGAGAGAGCGUGAGACAUAAACGGUAGGGUGAGAGGUCACAGCCACAGGUCAGACAAAAAAAAAAGAAACAGUGGAAGAAUUGCGGUGCAGUGUGGUGUACGGUGGUGGACGAACAUUAAGCAACAACGCCACAAUCGCCAAUCCUCUCGGUGCUCCCAGACACCCAAACACCCGCCCCAGGCCCAGCAAUCAUCCCUCAGCAAAACGCGUAAAGUUGAUACCAAACAAAUAGUGUGUACAAAGAGUGGGAGUGAAUGAGAGAGCGAGAGAGAGAUAGAAAGGGCCCGGAAGGGAUGCAAUACUGACCUACAACAAAGGCGUUUGGAAAACAUUGGAAAUGAAUGAAUCUCUACACAUCGAAGCAGCAAUGAGCACUGAGGAUGGAUCAUCAUUUUCCCAGCUUUACGUUGUGCCGCUUGUUGCCGUACCGAACCGAGGAGGCAGCGUCCCGUCCCGAUACACUCCAGGCAGCGCCAGUGCAGCGCCACUGCAGCGCCGGUACUAUGACACACCGACAGUCGGCCACGCGGUCACCGUUCGUUCGGCGCACAGCCAGCUGCGAUAGGGAAAAUGCUGGAUGCGAUUGUAUACAACGGCUGCACGCAUCGAUUGCUGCGAUUGGGGGUAGCGCUUGUGUUUGUGAGCACGCUGGUGGACUUGCUAGCCGCGUCACCGACCACCGUGUACGAUAGUUACGGCGACAACCGGGCGCUUCCGGUGCGCGUAGACGACCGCUCGAGCGGCGGCUCCUUCUUCUCAUCCCCGCUACAUCCGCCACUUUCCGCGCAACAGAGCGCGGGGGAAACGCUCCCCCCAGUGCAACAGCAGCUGGUGGUCGGCGGUGGCGGCGGCGUGACGCGCGUCCCGUGGUACGGCCUGACCGAGCUGUCCGACAUUCUGCUGCUCGGUGUGCUGGUGACCGUUGCCGUGCUCGGAACGCUACUGUUCGUUGUGUUAGUGUUGGGCCUGCGGGCCAAGUUGCACCUGCUGCGGCAGGACCGGGCUGCCGCUGGGGACGAUCGCGCGGAGCUGGCUGCGGACUAUGCGCAGGAGUGUAGUGCGAUCAAGUGCGUGGGAAGUGGAGGGAAAGGGAAAGUGAUCAAAACACCGCCAGCGUCGCCUCCGAUCGUGCUGCUGGAAGCGGGCGCAGUGGUGAAACCGGUGCCGACGACGUGCAUUGCCGUGACCGGGGUGGACGGGGGCCGUCGCCGUACCGAGCAGCAUUUAAACCAGUCCGACAAGCGGCACCGCUCGCCGGGGGGAAGGGGAAGCAAAAGGCGGCCGCCACCGGUCGCCAGUGGGCAACCGUUGCCGGUGGCAACGGUAAACAUGAGUGCGUCGAUCGGGGCAACCGCGUCGAUCGAUCCUGCCACCAGCAGCGCUAGUGGGCGCGAAACCAUCGAGCACGUUACCAUCGACGAUAAGGACAGGCUCCUUCGAGGGCAGCCACGUGCCGAGCAGGGCGAAGAGCAGCAGCAGCAGCCAGUGUCACCGCUGCCAUCAGCACCUCCACCACCGUCCGACAAGCGGAACGUGCUCAAACGGCAAGCCGUAGCGGAGCUUUCCGUAUUUGCCGGUCUGCCAGCGCCGGGAACGCCCGGUAGCGGAUCGCCCACCGCCUACCUCCAGCUGCUAACGCCACUGUCCGCCUCGUCGCUCUCCACGUCCGCCGCUACCACCGACAAUAAUGCGACCCCGACGAAGGGCGAGCCCGGUGGGGGCAGCGCGGCCGGCGGGGGACCCCUGUCCGCCGCGGAAUCGAUGGCCGCCGCACGGUUCGGCUUUUCGCCCCGCUCGAUACACUCCUUCACCAUGCAGACGGCCACGUACUUUCGCUUCCCGGACGUGGACGAUUUCACACCGACACCGCGCACGCUGCCGAAGCGGCACGGGGGCGCAGGCGGCGACGAAACCUGCUCCACUCCGCCCGCCGUCGAUGCGCGCACCGAGGAGGAGGAGGAGGAGGGCGGUGGCCAACUAAGACGGACGGAGCGUGAUACAGCGGCGCCCAAGGUGGCGGUGUUGGCUCCAUCGCCGGGCUCGAUGCCCCUACCACCAUCGCCACCGGCGAAAGGAAACCCCAAAGAGGGUGAAGUUACACAGGACGUCGUGGCUGCUAUCGUAGAACAAAUGGAACAACUGCAAGCACCACCACCACCACCACCCGCAUCCACCAGUAUUGAGCCGCAUCGUCCCACGGCACGCAUCUGCGCACCGAUGGCGAACCGACGCGUCCGGCUGAAAUCGAUCUCGCUCGACUCGGAGGGGGCGCGGCUGGUCGAGGAAAACCUCACCUCGACCAUACCGGUGCAGGAGCUGGUCGGGAUGGCAGCGCACCGAACGGGCGGAUUCGACAGUGUCAUCGACGACGAUGACGAUGACGAGGAAGAGAAUGAACGAGAUGAUGAUGACGACGACGAUGAUGGGCAUGACGAGCGUGCGAACGCAUCCGCCGCACACGAUGAGACUGACCAGGACGAGGACGAGGCAGCCGCGGCUGCGAAGCAACGGUCGGCGGCACGGGCGAAGCGCGUCCGCAACAUUUUAAACCUUCGGCUGAACAUCCCGCCCCUGCCGACCGGCGGCGGGACCGGCUCGAUGGCAUCGCAGGGCAGACCGCCGCCACCGGGCGCUUCCCAGUCGACGGGGUCGGUUGCGAAACCGAUCGUGAAAACGGUCACCGUUACGGGGUCAGUAUCGAACCCAACGAUGAGCACCCAACAACAGCAGCAGCAGCAGCAGCCCACUUUACACCACCGCCACCACAUAGAGGACAGCAAUGAGCAGUUUUACUUCGAGUACUUUGACUACGGUGACGAGGAGGACGAAACGGACGACGAGUACGACGAGGUAGAGUACGGCGAGGAGCACGAGGACAAUAACAACAACAACAACAACAACAACAACAACAACAGCAGUAGCAGCGGCAGCCACACGGUAGCGCUACCACCGGUCCCGAAAACGCCGACCCUUUCGCAGUACAAGCAGAAGGCGAGCUCGCUCGACUCGGACAAGCUGAAGAUCUCGAUCCAGUACGGUGGCAGUGGUGGUGGUGGUGGUGGUAACGGUGGCGGUGCUGGUGGUAAUUCCAGCGUUUACAGCUCCGUCAGCUGCGGCGGCGGCAUGAGCACCAUCAUGAGCAUCGCACAAUGUCAGGGACAGGGAAUGUCCCUGCACAACACAUAUUCCCAUUCGCACACACAGCAGCAAUUUGGGCAAUUUCAGUUCCACCAGCAACCACAGCAGCAACAGCAACAGCAGCACACAUCGCAGCAACCCGCCGGGCAGUUGCAGCAACCGCGACGGGUGUCUUCCGUUUCCGUGCCAACGACGCCGAAGCGAUACCAGUAUCGGACGGCGGCAAACCAUCACUAUUAUCACCAUCAGCAACAGCAGCAGCAACACUACGCGAGUGGACAAUCAAAGCUGAAACCCUCGUACCAUCCGGGGCCGGCACCAGCGCCCUCUGUGGGCGGUGACAGCGGUGGCGCCACGGCGAACGGCAAUCGGAAGGAGAAGAAAUCACCGCUCGGGCUGAAAGCGAUGGGCGGCUGCGGCGGGGAAGGUGGAACGACACCGACCCAGUCCCAGUCCCAGUCGCCCUCCGAGCAGGGCGGCAAGCAGGACGACGGUACCAAACCCUCCGUACCGACCAGCGGGCGGUCGAGCAUACUGCAGCGACGGGGCUCCAACCACAGCCUCACGCUGAAUCUGGACGUGUACAACCGCAGUGGGGGCAGUGUCGAUCUGACCUCCUCCAGCUGCACCAGCCUGUACCGCGGGUCGUACAAGAACCUGCACCAGGUGCAGUCGCACACGCAGCUCUACCAGCCCGCGCACCAGCACCCGGUAGAGCCACCGGUGCGCGUCCAGUGCCAUCAGGCGUCGCCACAGCAACCAGCGCCGGGUUCGGCGACGGUCGGCGAUGGCACCACAACCACCAGCGGUACCAUGCACAACAACAACAACAACAACAACAGCAACGGCUCGAACGCUAACACUAGCAAGAAGAAUCUCCUGCAGCGACGCGGCUCCAACACGAGCCUCACGCUGAAUCUCCGCUCCGGGGUCGGGGCGGGCGGUGGCACCGGGUCCACCUUCGGGCUGAACCGCUUCAGCAGCCACAAUUCGCUCAACACGGGCAUGGCCAGUGCGCUUGGGGCGAGCAACAGCCAUCAGCACCACUCGCAGCAGCAGCAGCAGUACCACCAGCAGCAGCACCAGCAGCACCAGCAACAGUUCCCGUCCUCGUCCAUGGUACGGUUGGCCGGUUCGCGCAAGAGCCUGCUCGAGCGGCGCAACUCGAACGCCAGCCUAACGCUGAUCAACGUCAACCAGCGCACGCUGUCCGUGUCGAACUGCAAUUUGCGCGGUUCGAUCUGCAGUCUGAACAGCCUGCUGACGACGCACACGCAGAACGAGCCGGGCCCGUCCGACAUGAUGCUGGAGGAGGACGAGCUGGACGGUAAUGGCGAUAACGAUCAUCAUCACUACCAUCACCACCAUCAUCACAACCAUCACCAUCAUCAUCAGCAUCACGGUCAGCAUGGUGGUCAUUCCGGGCCGCAUCAUGGCGGGCUGUGCCGUGGGGGUGGUGAGGGUGAGCUGCGGCGAUUUGGAAGCAGUGUGGAUGCGUCCUUCACCGGAACCGAUGGCGCCGGAGUGCAGUCGGAGAUGGGCAGGGCGGGCUCGCGAUACAAUCAGGCGCACGAGCGCUCGGAGCAGCAACAUCAUCAGCAUCUUCAUCACGCCGUUGGCGGUGGUGGUGGUCAUCAUGAGGAGUCGCGCAGUGCCCGCCAGCGCAAGUUCCGCAGCUCGGACAGUCUGCACAACAUCAAUGUGCGCGAGCAGGGACUGCACGGUGGGCAUGGGGCGGCCGGUCCGUUGCAGAGCCGGCUGAUGGACGCGGACAGCAAGCUAAUGUCCGGCAGUGGCUAUCCGCAGUGCAGCUGCCAGUCGUCCUUCGAUGAGCGCCAUCAUUACGGAUCGUCGGAAAACUUCAAAGAGCACCAGAACAAACUGUCGAUCCAUCGGGGACUGUUCCAGAGGGAUCCGGCCACCGUCACGUCCACCUCGUCGGCCAACAAUCUGUCCGCGCUCGGUACGGGCACGAUGUACAGCGGCUGCUGCUGCCCGUGCUGCUGCGGCUGCUGCGGCUGCUGUGGCGGCGUGGCCGGUAUCGGCAGCCACCUGGACGGCUGCUGCGGCGUGAGCGGGCCGCUGAAGGCGGGCGGCAACCUUAGCAGCAGCAACUCGAACGUGCGCAACAUCUCGACCAAACCGCUCAGCCCGCAGACGACGAGCGAGGAUUUCAAGAUCUACCUCGCAAACAUUCAGUUCCUGCAGAAUGCCUCGAACGUGCUGACGAUGGCGUACCUGCGCAAGCUGCACAACUUCUUUGCUAAAACGUACCGCAAGAUGGUCGCGGCGACGGCUACGGCCGCCCAGGAAGUGUUCCAGCAGCAACAGCAGCAGAAGGAAGAAGCGGCUCACGAGAAGGGCCAGCACGAGAGCACGAAAAUGGACGGGGAAGCGGCGACGACGGCCGGCACGAAGAUGAUGCUGCUGCACAGCGACAGCCUGCACCAUCCGCCGGUGUGCGACGACGAGUCGUACGAGGAGGAGCACAAGCGGAUGGUGCUGAAGAUCCAUCAGGAGUUUUGGGACCUGCCAACCAACUAUCAGGAGAAGCCGCUGGUGUUCGGCUCGCAGGCAAAGAAUCGCUACAAAACCAUCCUGCCGAACGAGCAUUCGCGCGUCAUACUCGAACCGGAACGGUCACCGGCGGCCGGGGGUGAACCGUACAUUAACGCGAACUACAUCAAGGGUCCCGAUUAUGCGAACAACAGCUACAUCGCUACGCAGGGCCCCCUGCCGAACACGAUCUACGAGUUUUGGCUGAUGGUGUACCAGAAUGUGGCCCGCACGGCCACGGUGGCGGGCCGAUCGUGUGCCAGCGCCGGACUCGAACAGAAGAUAGUGAUGCUGACGAACUUUGUCGAGAAUGGGCGGCAGAAGUGUGCGAUCUACUUUCCGCAGACGGCCGACGAGUGGGUCGCGUUUGGCAGUGGGGCCGAUAUUGAUGUCGCGGAGAUGUUGCGCGAGAAGGAUACGAUCACGGCGAGUAUUGCAGCAGCGGAACAGCAGCAGCAACCCGAAGGGCAGGAAGCUGUUGGUGGCGUUUGCCAACCGGUGACGGUGCGGGUCCCUUGCGCCAGCUGCUUCUUUCUCGUGCACAACGUCGCGGUGGAGCAGCGCAACGGGUACACCGUGCGGACGCUGAACGUGAUCUACGGUGCGAAGGUGAGCGACGCGGACGCACCGGACGGGGACGGAUCUCGGGCCCUGUUUGAGCUGACGCUGUUCCGAGCGCACCAUUACUGGUUUCCCGACUGGCCCGACCAUCGUUCGCCGAAGGACAUUAACGUGCUGCUCGACCUGAGUCUGGACGUGCUCGGCUCAAACGUGGUCGAUACGCCGCGGCCGGAAAGCAGCAACUCGCUGAAAGGCAACCAGCCGGGCACGCCGGGCCUGGAGGAGGUAAUGGGUGCCGCGCAGCUCGCAGCUCUCAGCUCCUCCUGCACGCCGACCGUGCUGCCGAUCGUUCACUGUUCGGCCGGCAUCGGUCGAACCGGCUGCCUGAUAGCGAUACUGAACGGGCUGCGACAGCUGCGGCUGUCGGUGAUGGCGCACCAGCGCAGGCAGCAACAGCUGAAGCAAUCGCAGGCGCAGACUGUUGAGGCUGGCAAUGGGGAGCUGCAGUCGGGCGGGAGCAAAUCGGCUGCCGACCGGAUGCAGGACGAGCUAGAGCAAUCGUUACCGCUGCCACCGGUGCCAGGCAGCGGCCCGGAAGGCCGUCGGAAGUCCACCGUCCAGAUGGACGGUUCAGCGCUGCUGGCACCGAAUGCCGCCGCUGGGCGAGGCGGUCAGCGCGAGGGUAGUGCGGUAGUGCGCGAGUCCGGCCAGGUGGACAUUUUGGGCAUCGUGUGCAACCUGCGGCUGCAGCGGGGCGGCAUGGUACAGAACUCCGAGCAGUACGAGUUGAUCCACCGGGCGCUCUGCCUGUAUCUGGAGAAGCUCACCCAGGAUGGACACAUUUAGGAUAAAACAAACCAUUUUUGAAUCUUUGUCUACAUAGAAACUGAUUUGUAUUUGCUGUGAAAACUUAGGAAAUGACAACAAGCUGUUGUUGUAUAGGUGAGGGCCUGCGUCAGUGGGAAGGAGUACCACCAAGUGUGCAAGAAGAUACCAAAGAAUUACAAAGUCGACAAGGAUGGCAGGAAUCAAACAAUCAAACUAACGCGCGGGCGAUAUACAACAAAACAAUACGCUAAUACGCUAACACCCAGUGGCAGGGGGACGGGGUGAGCAAUCGUACAUGGUAGAUCUGACUAACUCUUAGUGGUAACGGUGGGGUAGCAUGAUAAAAACAGCGGGUGACUAUCGUUUCGUGGGGGAGGGCAGGGCACGACCUUUAAAUGGAACCACGUAAUGGAAUUAUGAAUUCAAUGUGUGUGUGUUGUCCUUACGAUGGAUGUGCAGGUGUUACAAGGGGGACAAGGCAGCAGCAGCAAGUAUUCUUAUUGUAUGGGAUUGAAUUAGUCACAACAAAAAAGCAAGUGGGUGAAGAUGAAACACGAUAACUUAAUACAUUAUACUAAACUGCAAACAUUAACAACACAAGGGAAAAAAUCAAAUGGUAGAAUCAUUGUACCGGACACAUCUGCUAAUAUAUAAAUGUAUGUACGUGUGUAGUGUCUAAGGGGGUUUUUGAGGAAGGGGGCAUGGGAGUUUUAUGGGAUUGGUAUAAUGGGAUUUUACAAUACAUUUGAGGGAUGAGGGGGGGGGAGGCGGGGACGGGGGAGAAACUCACACACACAAUCACACAAUGCCGCAAACAGAGCCAAGAUCCCGCCCGCUCGGCCCACCCACCCUCGGAAACACGAAUAUAUUGACGAAACAAACAGACAGACAAAAAAGGGAUAAAACAAGGGAAUACGCUAAGGGAAUGCGCUUUAUAUAUGUUUUAGUGUAAGCAACCGUAUGUUUGUAUGAAUGUGUAUGGGAGAGGGAGAGAGAGUGCAAGAGAAAGUGAUGCGAAGUAUAAUAUAGAUUAAUGGUAGGGACAACUAAAUUAUUGCAUAGAUGGAGCAUAUAUAUAUACAUAUACACACACCAAACAGCAACAAAUCCACAUAUACACACACACACAUACCUUACAAACAUCCUUACAGGGGGUUUGCAGGAGUUCUCAUAGUUGUGGGACACUUUACUGACUUUUUCUUAUUUGAAAUGAAUUUAAUGUAAUGCGAUUUGGAAUCUAUAGCUCCCUUGUUGGACAAAUCCAAUAAGAAUUUCUCCAAAUCCAAGGAGCCAGUCUAAAAAGGGUGCUAGAAUCCAAUUUCCACCAAGUAAAGCUCACUUCCCAGAAAGAAAGAGUCAAGGAAGUGUCGCACAGCUAUGAGAACCCCUGGAAAACCCUGUAUACACUUAUGCCAAUGGAAGGACAACAAUUGUGGUGGUGUUUGUAGCGUCGUAAAAACAAAGGAAUAGUAUGGGAAAAGGCUGGACAUUUUUUAUUAAUUUAAAUUUAUCGGCAUAGAAUAAAUGUUUUUUAUUUGUAAAUUAGAAAACUUGCCCAGAAUCGGAACGUAUUAACCUUAUGAGAAGAACAAGCAAACUAAACACUUGAUCGUAGAAAGCAUGAGAUGAGCAACAACAAAAAACCGUUUGGCAAACAUUUGUAGUGUAGAACAAAAAGGGAAAAGGAAAAAAAUUCAAACGGAUUAGAGUGUAUUUCGUAGCAAACUUAAUGAGACGCUGCUGGCAGAUGAGGAGAAAACAGCCGAGAGAGAAAGAGCACAAAGCAAAGCCCAUUUACUGUGGAUCCAUUUUUUAGUGCGCGGGGAGAGUAACACCCCCUCGCAACCUCGUAGAUUGAAGUAUUUAAAAUAGAUAUUUUUAAACAAACAAACAAACAAAAACGCAACCUAACGCGGCACCACAGCUGCUUCUACACCACCUGUGUACUGGUAUUUUGUGAAAUGGUAAAAUUUUAUCGGGAAAUUACACAAACACACGCGGCACUGUGCGUGCUUAUCAGCCCCAGCAGAAGCAUCCCGCGUCAUCUCACGUGCGCGGGCGGGAUGACCGUCCCCGCACGUGGGCAUUACAGUACAAUCGAACCACAGCCUCCAGCCAGCUUCUGGACAGUCUCUGGUGUGCUCAAAGUAUGUUUUUUUUUUUCUAUGUUAAAUUUGCAUAAGCGCGCAAAGUUACCACACACACACACCGGUAGUAGGGGAGGAUAAAAGCAGCAAAACUAAAAUGGCAAUUUAUGCCGCUGCACGUGGCGUAAGUGUUGCGUAGGCUUUUUCUGCAACCUUACUGCGCCGAAAGGUCGGUGUUGAUGCGCAGAGAGUUUUGAAGUGGCUUCAAGGAGCAGGCCAAGAAGCUACUGCACCGCGCACACAUCUUUUACGCGAACGCGCAUACGCGUGGUGUGGGGGGGGGGGGCAGAGGUACAACAGCGAUAAAACCAAAUGAAAAGAAGGAACACAGAUAAAAAAACACGAGCAAAACUGAAUUGCUAACUAAGAAUCAAUCAACCACAGAAAACCAACCACAACCAACAAUAUGUGUGUGUAAAUAAAUGUGUGAAAAAAUA